AUGUUCCAUCAUCACCACUUGGUUUCUUUCAGUAAUUUUUACAGACAACCUAUUUCAACAAAUAGCAGACCAAACGAAGAGAUGGGCAUUCAGAGACUAAAUGUUACCCAGGAAGAAAUGAAAUACUUCCAUGGUGUGCUACUGAGUAUGGAUUUACAAAAGUGUAAGAGCUUGCAGGACCUUUUUUCAAGAGAAUGGUUACAAUACUCUGACUUCUUAUCAGACAAUUCAUGCAAAUUUGCUGAGUACUUCAUGCUUCUAACCCAGAGAGUGUUACACAUGUCAGCCCUCAGAUUCAGUCGCUCUGAGUAUUUAGCUGCUGACGAAUCUACAGUAUCAUUCAAGAGUCGUGUAUUAUUCAAAAUGUACAAUACUCAAAAACCAACAAAAUGGGGACUCAGAGUUUUUGUGAUUUCUGAUUCAUCAAAUGGUUAUAUUUGUAACUUGAAUUUUUCUGAGAGAGUAGUUCCUCACUUGCUGGCUGAUAUCAGAAAUGCUACAGGGCAAUCAGACUAUCAUUUUUAUACUAACCAUUCCUAUACAGGUGUUGCAUUAGCUGAGGAACUGUUGAAACAGAAUGUGCAUCUCACAGGAAUGAUCCAGGCCAAUUGCAAAAGCCUUUUAGCUGCAAUCAAGAAAGGAGCUCUGCGUCUGAAGAAGCAUGAAAUAAAAUGCCUCUCCAGUAACAAAAAUAUGGUUCUGGCAUGGCAUGAUAAACAAACUGUUCUCUUGCUUUCUACAAAAGCAAAUAACUCAGCGUCACUUAUAGAAAGGAGAAACAGAAAGGAAAGGGAAGAAAUAAUGAAACCAAAUGUGAUUAUUGAUUAUACUUUGAAAGUGGGCAGAGUUGAUAAAUCUGACCACUUUAUUUCCAGUUAUGGUUUUCUAAUGAAAAGUCCGAAGUGGUGGUGA